AUGAGUAGAGAUUGGCUAAAAUUAAGCCGUGGAGAGGAAGAGUCGGAUUGUUCAUGUAGUUGUGAAGAGUCAGAUUCCAGCGAGUCUUGCUCAUGUGAAUACGAGAGCCUCUCCUCUUCAGAAUCAAACUCUCCAAAAUACUCUAAUAACUACUCCGAAGUUGAUAAAAGUGUAUUAAAUGGUCUUCGUUCUGCUUAUAAAUCUGCUGGAGCCGACCUAAAGAUUGAUAAUUUCUUUUCCAAUAAUAAUAAUUCCGAUUUUUCAAGCAGAAAUAAAACAAAUUUAAGCUUUAGAGGGCCAGAACCUGGGACUAAACUAUGCAAAAAGCCCCAAAAUUCUGAGUUAAACCUGCCAAACAUUGAUAAUUUGAACUCAAAGUAUAUCCAGAAUGAACUGAAAGAAAUCCAUGCUCUUUUGUCUGACACUAAUCCAGAGCCCUCCUCAACAAUGAGUUAUCCUCUAAGAAAUAACUCAACCCACUACAAUUAUCAGUCCACUGGGUUUUCAAGUUUCCCAUCCACUCCUAACGUGAUGUCAAACAUGGAGUACUCAAAUGGCUUUAGUAGAAUUUUAAACCAUCAAAACAACUUUAAUUUGUACAGCUGGCCUAGUGCUUUCAGCACUCCCAAGUUUUCCUUUAAAGACUCAGACUACGAGGACUUGGAUAAACUCUUCAACAUGCUAGUUUCUCUGGACUUGUACAGCUAUAUGUACGUUGUGGAGAACGUUCUCGACCAAAGACUCAAGGAGGAACUGGGACAGAUUAACUGUUAA